UGAGCUGGCUCCAUGGGCAGUCCCUAGGUAUCUUUUAGAAAAAUCUGGGGACUUUAGCCCCCCAUGUAAACACGGUGGUGGCACGUGCCCGGUGUGCCACCCCCGGCUACACCACUGCCACUAGGCGGCUCCAGGCGCUUCGUGUUUUGUUUAUCGCGACGUUCAAGCUAGCUGCAAUUUGAAAAUCGCCAUGGAAAUGACACUGGGUUAGUUUGCGCUCGCCUCUUCUCAGGUUUACUGCGCGGCGUUGCACGAUUCUGUGUUUCCCAUCCAGAACUUUUUCGCGCGUGUUGCUCACGUGCGCGUAUGACACCUUCAUCGUGUGGUGACCGAACGCGACGGAGUGGUGGUGUGUGGUUGUCGGCGUCGACUCGAAGUUCCAUCGCGUUUGUGCGUUCUCGUCUCCUGCCUGCUUGUGCUACGACCAAGGAACGCGCUGCGUGCUGGGCGAAGUGCGUCAACGCGCCGUGCGCGGACCAGUAGCGGAGUGCUCCGCGUACUACAGAGCGUUUAGGCCUAGCAUCGCGUCCGCCGAAGAAUGAAGACGAACGACACGGCUGGCUCUGUGACAAGUGGUUCAGUGGGUGACCAUGCAAGAAGCGGAGCCCUCGUUCGCCCGUUGGCACAUGUCGUUUUGUGCGAUGACUGCGCUAACGACAACCCUUCUUACGGCAAGCGGUUCCCUGUGUGCGAUCUCUUGGGUCGGUGUGGUGACAGGAUGCGUGCAGCUCGCAAAUCGCCCCAUCAUCGCAUCCGUCACGAGCUCAGUUAUAAUCUGAACUCGAGAGGCGCCGAUUGUCAUGCAUUCGUACCAGUUUGGCGCCGAUUCCCGUCCUCAGCUGUGGCUGCCGCCUCGCAUGCAACAGUUGAUGCAGCCGACCCGCGGCUCUGUGGUGCCACGCCGGGCAGUGGGCUCAAGGGUCCCAGCUCGUACUUGCCUUCCAGUGCAGCCAGCCGGGCAAGCAAUCUGAUGACUGGCCACCAUGGGGCAGGGGGCGGGGCGGGGCCACCGCCUCUGCACUCUGGCGACUACUCGUCCAAGCUGCACCAUGUGGCCCCACCUCCUCCUCCACCACCGCUCAUGGGUCCUGCGGGUGCGACAGGGGCUCCUGGCACUCAGUCAUAUCCCGUCCAUCCAGAUGUGCGUUUCAAAAGGCUGCCAUUCUACGACAUCAUGGCUGAACUCCACCGACCUGCCAGUCUGAUGCCCAACAGCAACACAAGGUUUCAGGAGAACAGCUUCGUGUUCCACUUCACACCUCAACAAGUACAUGACAUAGUCUCUUCAAGGGACUACAACUUGGGAGCAAAGCAAGACUUCACAGUGCAAGUACAGCUUCGGUUUUGUCUGCUGGAAACAAGCUGUGAGCAGGAUGACAACUACCCUCCAAGCAUGUGUGUCAAAGUCAACUCUAAGGUGUGUCCACUGCCAAGCCCUAUCCCUACCAACAAGCCUGGCAUGGAGCCCAAGCGACCAAGCCGGCCGAUCAACAUUGCUAACAUGUGCCGUCUUUCCCCUACUGUGUCCAACCAUAUCUCUGUCACCUGGCUGUCCGAGUAUGGCCGGGCCUAUGCCUUGGGUGUGUACCUUGUGCGAAAGUUGACAGCAACAACUCUCCUCCAGCGGCUAAAAGCAACAGGCAUGCGGAAUCCCGACCACACACGAGCAAUGAUCAAAGAAAAGCUUCAACAUGACCCUGACUCUGAGAUUGCAACAACAAGUCUGCGUGGGUCUCUAAUCUGUCCGCUGGGCAAGAUGCGAAUGGGUAUUCCAUGCCGAGCACUAACAUGUCCACACCUACAGUGCUUUGAUGCUUCGCUUUACCUGCAAAUGAAUGAAAAGAAACCCACGUGGAUUUGCCCAGUUUGUGAUCGGCCGGCCACCUUCUCCUCAUUGGUGAUCGACGGUUUAUUCAUGGAAAUUGCCAUGAAGGCACCCAGUGAUUGCACUGAGGUUCAAUUCCACGAAGAUGGUUCCUGGUCUCCUUUGGUGCCAAAGAAGGAGACCCAUGUUAUUAACAGCCCCAGUUCCUCCGCAACGGCAUCUACCUCUAGAAGUUCAGCUCCUUCAUCAUCAUCGAGGGAUCCACCUGGUCGGCCCAGCAAGAAACCUCGGGUGGUAGUCAUAGACCUGACAGCAUGUAGCAGUGAUGAGGAAGAUGAUGGUGGCCGCAGUUCGGUGCCCACGCCUGGAUCUCACAUGGGCGGGCCACCGCCGUUGGUCUCUGGCAUUUCCGGAGGUGCACACUCUCAGGGAGGCCCUCCGUCAACUCCACUUGGCGGUGCCUUGUCCCCUCCACCUGGGUCUUCGCCGCCAUCUUCGUCAUCGGGCGGUACAGCACCUCUCAUCUCCCUGCCUUCGCCCUCGUCUUCUUCGUCUUCCUCGUCCUCUUCCUCGUCAUCCUCAUUCUCCAGCAUUUUGGGUCCCACAACGGGGCCUCCACUGGGACCCUCGCCGCCAUCGUCUGUUGCCCCAACUGUGCUACCCUCGGCCAGCACGACAGGAGGCUCGUCUUCGCUGCACUACUCGAGUCCCCCCCUUGGCCCUCUGGGCUCGGCCAGCAGUUCAAGCAGUCGCCUCUUGCCCUCCAGUGGACUUGUGGGCUCUGCAUCGCAUGAGUCGUCAAGCUCUGGCCUGCCUCCUUCCACUCUGGCCAGCAGCUCACUUUACCCAGGCAUGCCUGUGAUGGAUGCGGGCACUCCUCCCUACUACCCGCCGGUCUCCAGUCCGUACCCAGAGUACUUCACUACAUCACAUCCCAUGUAUCACUACAUUGAACCGUACAGCUGUCUGGCAACAAUAACUGGUGACGAAAUGAAAUGCACCCCCCAGCAAUGGCUCCCUCGAGACUUUGACCUGUAUUCUCUGCUCACCAAUGAUUCAGAACGAUCCAUUCCCUCGUAUUCCACAGGACUUGCUCACAAGGCCCGCACCACUCCAGACAUAAUCUCUCUGGACUGACCAAUCUGACGGGCUUGGAAGAGCCAGGACUGGUGGACAAAUGGGUUCCUAAUGGUGGAAGAGGCCGCCUGUGCAUCCUUCCAGUGCCCGCAGACUUGAGAAAAGGACACAUCGUUGCACAAAAGACUUUGCCACUCUCUCUACUCACGAGAUGAUUGUGGCACGUGUACAUAGUGAUCUGUUCUUUGCCGAGGAGCUGUUGGUUGCGGACAGGAAGUGUGCACCUCUGCAGUUCUUGACUUGGCACCCAACUCAGUGCUUUCUGGUGAAGAAGAGACAUCGACAGACAUGCUUAGAGGUGACUGUUACAAACAAAAUGGGUGUGUUGUUUCGGACUGGUCAUUUCCACAUGUAGCCACUUCACACUAUGACGAUGCAACAAGAAUUGCUUGACAAGUUUCCUCAAUGUUUAUAUCAGGUCGGUGGCAUAAUUUAUUGACUGCCUGUGUGUUCUUUUGGCAUAGGGAGGACCUGUACUUUUUUUUUUCCCCAACUAGUCUGCAGAGGGUACUGUGUGCUAAGUUUAUUACUCCUUUUAUUGUGUGUGUUUUGGGGAGGGGGGAAUGAUUAUUACUAUAAUUAGACUUGCUGAGCAGCCAAAGACACAGACUUCUGCUGCCGCCUCUAAGCAACAACUGUAAAAGGGUCCACGAAGCUGCUGCAGGGAAGGCGAAAUGAAGCAGCAGCUCCUCUACGUCACCGCACAUGAUCAUGAAACAAGUAUUCCUAUGUGAUGCAGACAAGUGACAAACCUGUUUGUCACAACUGCAGAGCCUUGCAUCAUUACAGUGUUUUUCUUUUUUUGUGUGAUCAGAAGUGUAGUAGGCUACAGUGUCCCAUAUAACAAGUAAAAUAUGAAGGCUAAUAACUUGCAUUUCUUAAAGGGCAGCCCCAAGGUAAAUGGUGUUGCCUUUGUUCACAAAACGUUGUUCAUGAGCAGAGCAGUUUCUCUCAACCCUUCUUUCUCUCUCUCUCUCUUUCAUUGUUUCUUUGUUGGAAACGCAUCUUUUUCCUCCUCUUCAUUGGGCUAUUCUACUGCAGUUGAUUGUUCCAAGAAAGCAGUGGUGUUGUGUUUGUUUAUGGUCAUAACUGUAUAUGUUGACGUAAAUGAAAAUAAUGUUGAAGCUGCUUUCCUUGGUGACCUCCUCCUCCUCCUCGCAUGGCAAGGCACAUGGCCUGUGCAAUCUACUGCUUCCAUAUGUAUAUUUUCAAAAGUCUGUUUAAGAUGCUUGACUGAAGUUUUAGUAUGCUAGCAUGCAAGCUGGCAUGCUAUCCUUGCAUUGAAGGGGGCAACUCGAGUGAGUAACUUUUAUUGUAAACUAUUUGUUUUCUGUCAGCAUUUCAGUCAUACUUGCAUCUGUACAUAAUCAUGGUCCAAUCAUGUAUAUAGCCCCCCUCCCCCUUUUUUCCUCCUGCCAUUGAACUAGCAGUUAUGUGACUGCAUAGUUGAAUUUUUUUGCUGUAAAUCUGCACAGUUAAUUGUGUAUUAACAGAUUUGUAUCUAUUUCUUGCCCAAAAUAAAGGACCUUUGUUAUACUGAAA